GGCAGGGAUCGUUGUACACUUGCAUGCAUAUCCCGUAGUAGGUGGCAUGCUUUGUACUUUGAGGCCCGUUUGCUUUCAAUUUUUCAAAUAUUUAACUGUGAGCAAGCAACAAUGAAACAAAGUGGGUUGUCAUCAUGCUUUGUUUUCCUGGUGGCACUCUGGAGAUUAAGUGGCUGCGUUAGAGAACCGCUGUUUCAGCAGAACUGCAGCUGUGGCCUGGAAAAUUCCGUGGAGUCGAGAAUACUGGGCGGAGAAGAGGCCAGGCCCCCUCAUCGGUUUCCUUGGAUGGUGGCCCUGGUGGACGAAGAGGAGAAACUGGUGGGUGGAGGAUCGCUAAUCGGCAAUCGGCACAUUCUCACGGCCGCGCACUGCUGCUCAGAGCGCCGGGAGCAGAAGCUCCGAGUUGUGCUGGGCGGCCACCGGAUAUCGUCGACGCCGCUGCCGGUGGCGGUCGUCGCGUGCGUGACUCACCCGGGCUACCGGGGCGUCGCGUACGUGCACGACAUUGCCCUGCUCGUGCUGGCCGAGCCCGUGGUCUUCCACGACUUCGUCUCGCCCCUGUGCGUCGAGACGGUGGACACGCCGCUCAAGGACCGCGAGCUGUUCACCGUCAUCGGGUGGGGACGCGUUGCCGAGGUGAGCCAGACGAGCGACGUGCUGAAACUGGCCAAGAUCCCUAUCAUGAGCCUGGCGUUGUGCAAGGAGCGGCUGGGUGAAGACAUCCUCGACACCAACCUCUGUGCGGGCGGAAACAAGGAGGACACCUGCCAAGGCGACAGCGGCGGUCCACUCAUGCUCAGGAGAGCCGACGGUCGCUGGCUGCAGGUGGGCGUGGUCUCCUGGGGCAUCGGUUGCGGUCGGCCGGGAUACCCGGGCAUCUACACGCGCGUGUCCAGGUACACGCAGUUCAUCCGGAACGUGACCAAGGGAAGGCUGUGCAGCCAGGCCGACGACACUCGCUCCCUGGAGCUGGACAACGCCAUCAGACCGCUCAGGAAGCCGAACCUCAACUCUUGUGGGGUGGCUGGUCGCUACGGACACGGCCGCAUCGUCGGCGGUUCUCAGGUCUUUGCCCACAAGUUUCCAUGGCUGGCUGCUAUCAUGUUUCAAGGCAACCUGUCCGGGUCCGGGGCCUACAUCGGCAACGGCUACGUGCUGACGGCAGCAGGGGUGAUCGGAAAUGAGGCGCUGUUGCACCCUGAGCGCCUGCAGGUCCUUCUGGGCGUGCACGACCUGAGCCGGCCGCAGCAGCACAGCGUGGCGCACAACGUGAGUCGCGUGUUUGUGCACCCGGGCUACAGGCACCCGUACUACGACGCCGCGCUCCUGCGGCUCAGGGGCGUGGCGCCCGCCGACGGGGGUGCCGACCACGUGCGGCCCAUCUGCCUGCCCCAGACCGCGGACCGGUACAUGCCCGGCACCAAGACGCUCGUUGCCGGCUGGGGACGCGUGCACACCUACGGGCCAAUCAGCUCGACUCCCAACGAAGUGUACGUGAACGUGGUGCGAAGCGAGGAGUGCAGCCGCCGCUACAACGGUAGCUCGGUGCAGGGGCUCAUCUGCGCCGGCGCCAAGGGAAGGGACAUCUGCGAUGGCGACGCCGGCGGCCCCCUGAUGCAGUUCUACGCGGGCCGCUACUACGCGGCGGCCAUCGCCGGCUCCGGCCUCGCGGGAGGCUGCGCUCAGGAGGGCGUGCCGGCAGUGUUCACCCGCGUCGGCACGCUGCUCAAGUGGAUACAGAAGGUCACUGACCUCAGGACGCUCUAGUAUACCGAGAGACUGGAUCCGCCUGACGCUUUAUCGUCUUGCGCCUGUCUCCCUCUACAGAUCACUUCACUAGCCGUGGCACUUGAAUGGACGCUGAAUUGAAAUGCUAGAUCAGUUUACAGUGAUAAAGUAUCGUUUCAAAAAUGUAUUUUCGUUAGUUUGAUGACAAGAGGUUGACUACCAGAAAAAAGAAUAUGAAGGUGAAAUGUUCGCUUCUUUUUUUUUUUUCGAUUUCGCGCCAAAACUUCAGCGCCUGUACGUUAGUGUGAUGUCAUGGAUUAUUUUCGAAGUACUUUCCCAUACUUGGGCCACUGUGGUGCAUAAAAAUUCUCGAAGCCCUUUAGAUUCGCCCUUUGACUCCUUUAGAAUCGAAUGUAGUCCAUAUUUACUGGUUAAAAAAGAAGUAACUAAGCCCGAGCGAACACCGUUGAAAUUCAUGACGUCACGGCGAGUUGAUGUGGGACUUUCAAGGUGUCGUCGCAGCUCAUCUUUCAUUUUUGUGUAUUUUCUGGCUUAGCAAGCUUCCUCUAAGGUAAGCGUUACUUUCUGGUAUUGUAGAAGCGUAAUUUGCAAAACCUACUAAUAUUUUGCUUUUAAUCUCCCUUGUGAAAGGUGUUUGUAGAGAAAUUUUAAGUCCGUUGCGCCUUCGAAAUUCCGUAUGUGUUGGUUUCAAUGCAAUCGAAAUCUCCCUCUACUGGACAGGACCAAAUAAAGAAGAUGAA